AUGGCAUCCAUUGCAGAGGGGCUUUUUAAAUCACUACCCAAGCCGAAAUACACCGGCGAGGAAGAGGAGGUGCCUCAACACGCCCAGCCUCGUGGUCCGCGAAUCGUGGGCGCGGACCAGAUCGAUCAGAGCCAAAUUGUGUUAAGGAAAACAGGCCCUCCCCCUUAUGGAAACCGUACAGGAUGGCGUCCCCGGGCAGCUGAGGAUUUUGGUGACGGUGGCGCGUUCCCCGAAAUUCUCGUCGCACAGUAUCCCCUCGACAUGGGCCGGAAGGGCACGUCGUCGACAUCGAACGCGCUCGCCGUGCAGGUCGACGCCGAGGGCAAGGUGAAAUACGACGCGAUCGCGCGGCGUGGCCACAGCGACAACCGCAUCGUCCAUGCUUCCUUCAAGGACUUGAUCCCGCUUCGACAGCGGGUGGAUAUGGGCGAGAUCUCGCUAGACCGGCCAUCGGAAGAAGAGGUUGAGGCGCAGAUGGAAAAGACCAAGAAUGCGCUGGCGAGUCUGGUUGAGGGUGCGGUGGCGGCGCAGAAACCGAAGAACGUCAGGGGGGGUAGGAGGGCCGAGCCUACGUUUGUUCGAUACACGCCGGCGAACCAGAUGGGUGACACAAGCCGAAAGAACGAUCGCAUUAUGAAGAUCGUGGAGAGGCAGCAGGAUCCCAUGGAGCCGCCCAAGUUCAAGCACAAGAAGAUCCCUCGCGGACCGCCCUCGCCACCUCCGCCCAUCAUGCACUCUCCGCCUCGAAAGCUUACAGCCGAAGACCAAGAGGCGUGGAAGAUCCCCCCACCUGUGUCGAACUGGAAGAAUCCUAAGGGUUACACAGUCCCGCUGGAUAAGCGUCUUGCUGCAGAUGGUCGUGGCCUACAGGAUGUCUCAAUCAAUGAUAAGUUUGCUCAGUUCGCCGAGGCCCUCUUCACGGCCGACAGACACGCUCGUGAGGAGGUGCGACUACGUGCACAGAUGCAGCAGAAGCUGGCAGAAAAGGAAAAAGCCCAAAAGGAGGAGCACCUUCGCGCCCUGGCGCAGAAGGCUCGCGAGGAACGAGCCACAAGCAGCCGGCGCGAUUCUCGUGCGCGCUCCCGCAGUCUCAGCCGCAGUCCUUCCGCCUACUCCUCGCGAUCAGCCACGCCCAGCGGUGAUGAAGAUGCGGCACGGGAACGCGAGCGGCUGCGCCGCGAACGUCGCCAGGAUGCUGAGCGACAGCUGCGCCAGUCUCGUAUGGGCACCGAGCGUCGAAUCCAGAUGAUGGCCCGUGAACAGAACCGUGACAUCUCAGAAAAGGUGGCUCUUGGACUGGCCAAGCCCACGCAAGCAUCUGAGUCCAUGUGGGACUCCCGGCUCUUCAACCAGACAAGCGGCAUGCAUUCUGGGUUCAAUGAAGACAAUCCCUACGACAAGCCACUGUUCGCCGCGCAGGACGCGAUCAACAGCAUCUAUCGGCCACGUGCUCAGGUGGACGUCGAUGACGAGGAAGGCGCCGACGGUGAGAUGAGCAAAAUCCAGAAGACCAGUCGCUUCGAAGUACUGGGCAAGGCCAAAGAAGGUUUCCGGGGCGCAGCUGAGGCUGAGGCUCGUGAAGGCCCCGUGCAGUUUGAGAAGGACACCACCGACCCCUUUGGCAUCGACAGCAUGAUCGCUGAUGUGACCGGGGGAGCUGGCCAGAAGCGCUACGGAAUUCAAGAAGCAGAGCGUGAUGACCGUGGAUCGAAGCGCGCCAGGGUCGACGACGAUUAA